AUGAACGACCCCAACGAAGCCUACCCCACCCCUCCCUCCGCCACACGCACGCACACGCAGGGGGGGUUCACCAUCUCAUCACGCAAGCUGCCGAUCCUCAAAGCCGGGCCGAUCGACGCCAUGUCAGCGCGGAUCGGGAUCCCGAUCCCCGAAAUGAUUUUCGGCGACAACCUGGUCAGCAUAUCCCACCCGCGCACGGGGUGGUCCAUCUCGUUCAGCGCCGAGCCCGCGCUCGACACGGUCGACAAGACGGGCGCGUCGGGAAUGCUGCGCGUGGCCUACGCCGGCGAGUGGAGCAGCUCGCGCGAGAAGGCUAGCGCCAGCGCGGGGAUUAGUGAGGUUGUGAGGCCGUUUGACUGGAGUUAUUCGUGUUCGUACCGGGGGGAUGAGGUGAAGGGGGGGAAUGGGGAGGGGUUGGGGGAGGUGAAAGAAGCCCCGGCGGGUGAGGGGAUACCCCUGGAAUUGCUAAAAAGGAGAGACCCCAUCUUGUUCGCCGACGAGGUGGUCCUCUACGAGAGCGAGCUGGACGAUAACGGGAUUAGCGUGCUGAGCGUCAAGUUCAGGGUGAUGGAGCAGCGCAUGCUGGUGCUCUGCCGGCUGUUUAUGCGGUUGGAUAACGUGCUGGUGAGGGUGAGGGAUACGAGGGUAUAUGUGGACUUUGAGAGGGAGUUGGUCAUUAGGGAGUAUACGGCGAGGGAGGACAAGUUUGAUAAUGUCAAGCGGAAUCUUUACAUGAGCGGGCUCAUGCCAGACGCAAUCACUGUGGCGCUAAGAGACUCCAAUCAGGUGGCCCACCUCUUGCCGGUGGUCGAGCACUCGCUCGAGAACGCUUGGCUAGCACAGAAGUCAUAA